AUGGGCAGGUGGGCAGCGUUGGGCAGCUUGCUGCAGCGUAAAAGGGUAUUUAACCCUGAGCAGCUGGAAAGUGGCAAUUUAAGACGAUGUCUGACAGUCUGGGACCUGAUUGCGUUGGGAGUAGGCAGCACGCUUGGCGUAGGCGUGUACGUGCUGGUGGGCUCAGUGGCUAUGAACUUUGCAGGACCUGCCAUCGUACUCUCCUUUCUCAUCGCGGCCAUCGCUUCGCUUUUCGCGGGUCUAUGUUAUGCGGAGUUCGGAUCUCGCGUUCCGCGCGCUGGUUCGGCUUACAUCUACACUUACGUCACUAUGGGACAACUCGUGGCCUUCAUCGUCGGUUGGAAUAUGAUCCUUGAAGCAUUAUUUGCUACAGCUAGCGUCGCCCGAGGGCUAAGCAUGUACGUGGAUUCGAUGCUAAAUAAAACGAUGUCAGAGGCGUUCUUGUCCAUCGCACCAAUAUCGGUUCAACCGUUUUCGCCCUACUUCGACUUUUUCGCAUUUGGAGUGGUAAUUGUACUUGGAGUGGUAUUGGCAGUGGGUGUGCGUCAAUCGGCAACAGUUAACAACAUCUUUGCUCUAAUCAACAUUGUCGUUAUCGUGUUCAUUGUGGUCGCCGGGACUAUCACAGCAAAUCCAUCAAAUUGGAGAAUACCAGGAACAGAGGUACCGGCGGAGUUUGGCAAAGGGGGUUUCUUUCCGUAUGGUAUAUGGGGCGUUUUUAAAGGAGCAGCGGUAUGCUUCUAUGGUUUUGUGGGUUUUGACUCUAUUAGCGCAACAGGAGAAGAGGUAAAAGAUCCUCGUCGAGUAAUCCCCAUAGCGAUCUUGGCGGUGUUGGUGCUUAUAUUUUUCGUGUAUGCCGCAGUGUCUACCGUCAUCACCAUGAUGGUGCCUUACUACUUGCAGGAUACGACGGCGGCUUUAGCAAGUGCCUUUAGCUAUGUGGGUUGGGAGUGGGCUCGGUGGGUAGUUUCCAUCGGUGCUAUCUUCGGUAUAUCUGCUAGUCUAUAUGGCGCAAUGUUUCCCUUGCCGCGGCUGCUAUACGCGAUGUCUUCAGAUGGCCUGCUCCUGCGCUGGUUGGGACACGUUACCGCCGCAAACCAAUCACCGACAGUCGCCACUGUUCUUCCAGCUCUUAUCAUAGCUAUACUGGCCGGUGUUUUAGAGCUCCAAGAGCUAGUGAUGAUGAUGUGUGUAGGAACGCUACUUUCGUACACCAUCGUAGCUAUUUGUGUUAUAAUAUUGAGAUAUCGUUCCGAUUCAAUGUCGUCGACUGGAUAUUGCUUUAUAAGAAGAGUUUUCUGUUGUGGAGAGAAAACACCAUCACAGACAUCUUCUUUGGUGGUUAAAAUAACUUUAUCAUUAUUUACUAGUAUAUGUCUAUCAACGGCUCUUGUCGUAACUCAUAUUGAGAGACCACUGAUCCCAACGGCUAUACUACACUUGUUAGCUCUGCUUCUCAUCACAAUUAUAGCCAUACAACCUCAGAAUAAAGAAGAGUUGUCUUUUAAGACUCCACUGGUACCCCUAAUUCCAUGCCUUAGCAUAUAUGUCAAUGUUAACCUAAUGAUCUUAAUUAGUGUGCAGACUUGGAUUCGUGUUCUCAUUUGGAUGGCCAUUGGUGUACCAGUCUACAUAGUUUGUGCUUGUUGCUAUAAAGGUAAUACUGGCGAUAGUGAAUCAAAAAAUUUUGCUCAUAUGAAUAAAAAAGGAAAACCUCCUGUGCAAAUAUUUGUCGAAUCACCAACACCUCCAGAUACUAUUAAGUAUAGUGGAACCGGAGGUGAUCAGAUCGUGCAACAGGGCGGAAAUACGCUAGUCAUACGAGAUAAUCCAAGAAAUACCUUACCACUUAUUACCGAAGAAAUAACAAUACAAAACGCUUAUAUUGAAGAUACAACAGAAAAAGAAGCGAAAAUAAUAGAUCUGUUAGAUCAAGUUAUUCAAGCUGAAGAAGAUGCCUUCAGUGAAAUAGUAAGUUUAAAAGAGCAAAGAAACGCAAGCGAAGUGCCUGUUCAGGAAAAGCAAAGAAAGUCACUUAGUGAGUUGUCCGAUGCGGGUUCCGAUGUAUCGAGUAAUCAAGCGUUAUCAAAGUAUGAUGUGGUAGCACAGGUGCAUAGAGAAGAUUUACCUAAACUUGAAGAAGAAGAUGAGAUAAAGCAAAUAUCGGAUAUUGAAAACGAAACUACUGUUAGCAAUCAGGAGAAAGUAGAUAAUCAUAAAAGUCCAGAUUUGAAAGAGGAUCAAAAUGAAGACAGUGACGAAAUUAUUGAAAGUGAUGCUAACUCAAGAACUGAUGAGUCCGGUUACUCUGACACCUUAGAUAAAACACCACAAAAUGAAAUAAUUGAAGAUAAAGAGAUAUAUGAUAUACCAACGCCCCCUCCGCUUGAUGAAACCUUCUUUGCAAGUCAAACAUCGGUGCGACUAACGAAAGUUAGAUUACCUGAACCUCAAGUCACUAAGCUCCGAGAAAGUGUUCAAUCAAAUGGAUCUGUCGAUGAUGAGACCAUGACACUCGGCAGUGAUAAACAUAUAAACUUUAUGACCAACGAUAAAGAGAUUUCUAAUAUACCAACGCCCCCUCCGCUUGAUGAAAACUUCUUUGCAAGUCCAACAUUUAUAAAGUCAUAUACAAUAUCGGUGCGACCAACGAAAGUCAGAUUGCCUGAACCUCAAGUCACUAAGCCCCGAGAAAGUGUUCAAUCAAAUGGAUCUAUCGAUGAUGAGCCCAUGACAUUCGGCAGUGAUAAACAGAUAAACUUUAUGACCAAACUAAACACUAUUUUUCAAAAUAAAAUAUCUGAAGGCAGUGAUAGUGGGGAUGAAAAAAGAACAAGAUCCAAUUCAGCGGGUAAUUUAACCGAAAAUACAGAAUUUGCGACACUAAACCUCGAGAGACCACAACUGUUUUUAGAUUUGAAAAAAGAAAUGCUUUCUAGAGACCAAGCAAAUACAUUAAAACCAGUCAAAAUACAAGAAAAUUAUCCCGAAGAAGAAUCUGAAGAUGAAAGUAUGAGUAAAGAUGUUUUAAAAUCGAAACUUGAAAACAUAUUUGCAACCGGAGGACCAAAACCAAGGAAAGCAAGAUUAGUGAAAUCUAAUCCUCCAACGCCUGAAGAGUCAUACCAAACCGACACUUCCAGCAUAGAGAGUAUACCAAAGAUGCCAAAGAUUGAGAAAAACGACACGUUAAAGCGGCAAAAGGACAAGUUUGGGGAAGUUUUAAAUUCACUGCGAUUGUCACUUAGAGAUGAUCCAGUAUGA